ACAGCGCCUCGGCGCACGCGCACGGCCGUUACGCGGCCGCGCGAGGGCCGUGACGCGCGGGAACUGCCCCGGCGCGAGGCUGCUCACAGCUGCUGUCUGCUCAGAAUGCUGUGAGGAUUUCAGCCCAGAACACGGCUUUGGACGCAGUGCGUUUGGGGCAGCACGAGUUUCAGGGAGCAGCGCAGGAUGGAGCGCCUGGCCUCCUUCGGCAAUGACCCCUUCGAUAAACCUCCAUGCAGAGGUUGCUCUUCGUACCUCACCGAGCCCUACGUGAAGUGUGCAGAGUGUGGGCCUCCUCCCUUCCUCCUGUGCUUGCAGUGUUUCACACGAGGAUUUGAAUACAAGAAACACCAAAGUGAUCACACUUACGAGAUAAUGACUUCAGAUUUCCCUGUGUUGGAUCCUAACUGGACAGCUCAGGAGGAAAUGGCACUGCUGGAGGCUGUGAUGGACUGCGGAUUUGGAAACUGGCAGGAUGUGGCCAACCAGAUGUGUACAAAAUCCAAGGAGGAGUGUGAGAAACAUUACAUGAAACACUUCAUCAACAACCCCUUGUUUGCAUCUACGCUGCUGAACCUGAAGCAGGCUGAGGAGGCGCAGCACAGCGAAACAGCCAUUCCCUUCCACCCUGCUGAUGAUCCCCCCCGGCCUACUUUUGACUCCUUGCUCUCCAGAGACAUGGCCGGGUACAUGCCGGCACGGGCUGACUUUGUCGAGGAGUUUGACAACUAUGCUGAAUGGGAUUUGAGAGACAUUGAUUUUGUAGAAGAUGAUUCAGACAUUUUGCACGCUCUGAAGAUUGCAGUUGUAGAUAUCUACCAUUCCAGGUUAAAGGAAAGACAGCGAAGAAAAAAAAUUAUAAGAGACCACGGCCUAAUCAACCUCAGGAAAUUUCAGAUUUUAGAAAGACGAUACCCAAAGGAGGUUCAAGACCUGUACGAAACAAUGCGGCGCUUUGCACGGAUUCUGGGACCAGUGGAGCACGAUAAGUUCAUUGAAAGCCACGCACUGGAAUUUGAGCUGCGAAGGGAAAUAAAGCGCCUACAGGAGUACAGAGCAGCAGGAAUCACCAAUUUCUGCAGUGCGAGGACGUACGACCACCUGAAGAAGACGAGGGACGAGGAGCGCCUGAAGCGCACCAUGCUGUCUGAAGUGCUGCAGUACAUCCAGGACAGCAGCGCGUGCCAGCAGUGGCUCAGCCGGCAAGCUGACAUUGAUUCCGGCCCGACUCCCGCAGCGCCGAUCCCUUCCAAUUCAGGCAGACGGAGCGCCCCGCCACUGAACCUCACCGGGCUGCCAGGGACGGAGAAACUGAACGAGAAGGAGAAAGAGCUCUGUCAGAUGGUGAGGUUGGUCCCCGGAGCCUAUUUAGAAUACAAAGCUGCCUUAGUGAACGAGUGCAACAAACAAGGAGGGCUGCGGCUCGCGCAGGCGAGAGCGCUCAUCAAGAUCGAUGUGAACAAAACGAGGAAAAUCUAUGACUUCCUCAUCAGGGAAGGGUACAUCACCAAAGCCUGAGGAGCAACACGGCGCUCUGCUUGGAGCAAACGGACACGGGAAGCUCUGAAGUCACUUUGACAGCACUGAAAGAUUUUAACAGUGUGAAAUGAAGGACAUUUUCUAUUGUUUAAAAUCUUUUGGACCUUUUUUUUUUUUUU